ACUGCUGGACACUGGUAUAGUAGUGGUGAAAACUGCAGACGUGUUUCUUCCAAGCUGCAAACAACUACUGAUACAAGUGCAAGUGCAUGAUAUAAUGAACAAUCUUCUCCAUGAGUGUUUGGUUUGGCAGCAGGCAGGUGGGCCAGGCGAGCAGUUUCCCCACACUGAAAACUACUCAGCUCAGUGCAGGAGCCAUGCUGCCUGCUGAGUGCUGUGCCCCGGGCAGCCCGGGCUAUGUGCCUUAUGGAAGGGCAUGCUGCACAGCAAGGUGACAGCAAGGAUGUUCCCUGCCGUCCUUACCAGGGCGUUUCACCUUGCUUUUCCCCCAGCUCCUCCCUUCCCCGUGCCUCGCAGCCGGUGGCCAAGCCGGCGCUAGGUGGCACUUCGCGCUUGGCCUAAAUUUCUCUCUUUGCAGAGAGCGGCUUUAACAACAACGCCAGAACUCGAGUGUUGUGUCAGUGAGAGUCGUUUUGCCUCCGCCACCCUGCCGGGAGCACGAGUAACUCCCAGCUCGCAAUCUGUGCUCCUGUCGUGUUGCUGUUGGGAAUGUGAUUGCGUGCUCUGUGCUGUGGUCCAUCACUUCAGGAGCACCAUGAGCUUUGUGACUGCUGGGAAGGAGUUCACUCGGGACGUAUACAGCCUCAUUCUCCCGCGUGAUUACACAACUCUUAGGCAAGUAAAAUGCCAGUAUUGGCAUAAAAAUGAUGCAAGAGAACAACAUGUGUGACUCUGCCCUGUUUCAAUUUAACCUGAAAAUGGCAUGCUAUUAGGGCCAAACUAAGAAUUCGCCUGCAGCUGGAGAAGGAGUUAAGGAUAAGCACCGAAUACCUUUUGUUUGUUAAUAGAGUCAAAUGGCAAUAGCACAUAGUUGUAUGGAAGCCAUCCUGACAAUAUUCCAGCAUUAAAAUAAGAAUUUGCCCAAAUAUUUAAGAGAAGAAAUUCCUUCUCAUUGUGAGCCAGAGAAAUAGAAAACAGUCAGAAUGAGAUCCGCACAAGCGUAGGAAUGAAAUGCUGGCCACAAAGCUAAAAGAAAUGACAAACUGCUGAAUGCAAUCUGGAAAAGAUAUAGGGGAGAAUCUACAGAUUACAGAAAGAGAAGUAUGAAAACAGAGCAGGGAGAAAAAUAUCUGCAGUAGCUGAAGAGCUCAGCAAGGAGAGGGCUUACCUGUCACAGCUUGUGACAGGGGAUCAGGUAAGGGAAAAUGGUGUGGCAGAGAUGAAAUAGAGAUGAAAUAAGAGAACAAACUGUUGGGUUUCUAUCAAGGAAUAUAACGCACUACAUUCAAUACGUAUUUUUGGAUAAUGUUUAAACUAUGUUUGUACAGAUGCUUAUACAGGUGGGAUAUGGUGUGAUCACAAGUGGGAACUCAGUAAGUGCAGAACAUUUUACAGAAGCUUGGGUCAUAUUCUUCACAUAUCUCCAGAGCUCCCCCUUUGUGUUGCAGCAGUCAGUUUUGAUUCCUUUCACCUGCCAAAACAAUCACUCACCGAAUAAGAAACAGGUGCAGCAGAUUCCAUAUCAGAAAGAGCUUAUUUGUUCAGAGCAUCCUGCUUUAACAGGUUCCUGAGCAAAUCAGUAUUUACACUUGCUCACUUGCUUGUGUAUAUGUGGAGAACUGUUUUAUUAUUGUUGUUAUUUUUGUUCUUCAUAAGAGUUAGGAUGAACCUGUAUGGUGUGACUGAGAAUGCAUUACAGGCUGCACACAUCCAAAGAAGUGUGUGAGUAUUCUCAGAUCAAAUAGGACCGUAGCUCUUACAUCAUAUUUUUAAUUAUUUCAUCACCUACUGUUAACAUUGUGAAUGUAUAGAAUUGUAAAAUAUACUGUAAGAUUCUGUGCAUGGCAGGCAUGUUUUUAACUAGUAUGUGAGACAAAUGAACAAGACUUGAUAAUUAUCUUCCAUGUAAAGCACUCAAAAACACUAUGUUAAAGUGGUGGUUUGUUUGUUCGUUCGCUAUGUGAUAUUCUUGUUGUUAUUUUUCUUCAGCCUGGGUGAUUAACUUGUAAGUUCCUCUGUGACUGAGUCAGUCUCCAAGGUGAUAUACCAGAGACCAAAUGUAUGCAUGCAGAAUCUUCCACUUCAAUGGGAGACACAGCAAUGCUGCUAUUUUGGAAGAAAUCAGCUAGAGCUAUUCUGAAUUCCAUUGAAUUCAAUGCAGUAUAAUUUGAACUUUUAUUUCUCGCUUUUUGCUUUAAUGAGGUGAAUGUCACUUUACAGCAUUUAUUUUGCUUACUGACAAGGUUCAGUUCCUUUCACCAGGCUUAAACAUGCGUACACAUUGCUGAAGAUUUGGGUUGAUGUUCUGCAAGCUGGCUGUUAGCUCUUUUUAUUGUCUUUUGUCAGGUGCAGUGUUGGGAAGGGUACGAUUGCACCCAUAGGUAUUUGAAGUGCCAGUAACAGGUGCCCAUGUCUCAGCUGCAGGACCGUGGGAUGUGAGCAAGGUACAGCAGAGAUGAGAUCAUUGAAUGCUCUUUUUUUGCAAGAAGUCGUCAAAGGAAAUGGAUAGCUAUUCUGACUUCAGUGCAAAGAACCUGUCUUCAUCAGCUAAUAUGUCUAUCUCUUUGCCGGAACAAGUUGGACUCAAUGCCACCGAUGGUCCUCCUUCUAUGUCAAUAAGCAGGCUUUUUCCAGCCCUAUUAGAAUGCUUUGGAAUAAUUCUUUGUGGCUAUGUAGCCGGCAGAGCCAACAUUAUCACAUCAACUCAAGCUAAAGGACUAGGCAAUUUUGUCUCCCGUUUUGCACUCCCAGCUCUACUGUUCAAAAACAUGGUGUUACUUAACUUUUCUGAUGUAAAUUGGUCCUUCCUGUACAGUAUCUUAGUUGCCAAAGCUGCCGUGUUUUUCAUAGUCUGUGUUCUAACAUUAUUGGUAGCCAGUCCUGAGAAUCGAUUUAGCAAAGCAGGUUUGUUCCCUAUUUUUGCUACACAAAGCAAUGACUUUGCACUGGGAUACCCAAUAGUUGAAGCUCUAUACCAAACCACUUACCCAGAGUAUCUCCAGUACAUUUACCUAGUGGCUCCAAUAUCUCUUAUGAUGCUAAACCCUCUGGGUUUUAUCUUCUGUGAAAUCCAGAAGUGGAGAGACAAUCGCACUGUGUCCCACAGCAAAAUCAAAAUAGUGGGCCUAGCACUCCUUCGAGUUCUGCAGAACCCAAUUGUAUUCAUGGUCUUCAUAGGAAUUGCCUCAAACUUUAUUCUUGGCCAGAAAAUUCCUGAUUACCUUGAAAAUUUCCUUGAUGGACUGGGCAGUUCAUUUUCUGGCUCUGCACUUUUUUACCUUGGACUAACUAUGGUGGGACAAACAAAAAAACUGACAAAGGGUAUGUUUGUUGCACUGAUCCUCCUCAUCACAGCUAAACUACUUAUGAUGCCAUUUCUCUGUAGAGAAAUGGUGGAACUCCUGGACAAGAGCAGCAGCACAGUCAACCAUACCAGUUUAUCAAACUAUGCAUUUCUUUAUGGAGUUUUUCCAGCAGCACCUGGUGUUGCAAUAUUUGCAACUCAAUUUAAUAUGGAAGUAGGAAUUAUUACCUCAGGCAUGGUGAUAAGCACUUUUGUGUCUGCACCCAUCAUGUAUGUUUCUGCAUGGCUUUUGACCAUUCCAUCCAUGGAUCCCAACCCACUGGCAUCUGCGCUGCAGAAUGUUAGCUUUGACAUAAGUAUUGUCAGCCUUGUUUCUCUGAUUUGGUCUCUUAUUGUUGUUCUUCUGAGUAAGAAAUACAAACAGCUUCCUCAUAUGAUUACAACAAAUCUACUCGUUGCUCAGUUUAUUGCUUGCAUUGGAAUGGUGAUAUGGAAUUUCACUGUUAAACAGAAAGAUGUAACUGUGCAGAUCCUAGUAUUUAUAUUUCUGUACAGUUCACUUUAUAGCACCUACCUGUGGACAGGGUUUUUAUCUUUCUCUUUGUUUCUGUUGAGGAAGAGAGAAACAGUGAGGAUUCCCAUCGGGUUUAUAAUCAUAGCUGGAUGGGGAGUCCCGACGCUUCUGAUAGGAAUCUUGUUAAUAGUUGGUGAACGUAACAGCAAUAGCAUUGACUCUGCCUUUUUCUAUGGAAAACAUCAGAUAAUCACCACAGCAGUGGUCCUGUUCAUCAGCAUAUUGAUGUCAGGCAUCUCACUUAUGUGCAUGAACAGAAAUAGACAGGAGUCGAACUAUGAGGUACUGAACCCAUAUUCACCUCACGGCCAAGUGGAAGGGAACGAGGGGAAUCAAGUUUCAGCCACUGUGCCUCAACCUUCUGCAGGAUCUUCUGCACAACUUUCUCCUGCACAACCUUCUGCAGGUUGUUCUGCACAGCUGUCUGCAGAAAGAGGUUGCUGUUCUUGUCAAACAACAAAUGGGGAAAUACCCUGUGCUAAGGAGGGCAAAACAGUGCCAAAUACUGUUGAAAACAAGGUUCCUUCAAUUGAGACAGCCGAUCAGUGUGUGAAUCAGUGUAGUGCUCAGACCUGUGUGCUGGCUCAGGAAGAACAGCUUCUACAGACUGCAGACAAACAGCUGGCCAGACACGUGCUGCUGUGCUUGCUUCUUGUUGUUGGCCUUUUUGCUAAUCUUUCCAGCUGUUUAUGGUGGCUGUUCAACCAAGAACCUGGAAGACUGUAUGUGGAAUUGCAGUUCUUUUGUGCUGUGUUUAAUUUUGGUCAGGGCUUCAUUUCCUUUGGUAUUUUUGGCUUAGAUAAGCAUUUAAUCAUUCUGCCAUUCAAGCGAAAGCUUGAAUUGCUCUGGGGAGGAAGAGAAGCAGAAGGGCGUGCAGAUCACACUCUACCUGAGGAAAUCAGGAUGACCUGUCAACAGUUUGUUCAUUAUCACAGAGAUCACUGUGUCAAAAGCAUUGUCAAAGGCAGAAGGUGUGGUGCAAAGACCUCCACUGGCAUCUUCUUUGGCUGUGAUCUGGUGAACUGGCUCAUCCAAGUUGGCCUCGCCUCUGACCGUGGUGAAGCUGUGAUGUACGGAGACAGACUGAUGAAAGGAGGUGUCAUCCAGCAUAUUACAAAUGAAUUUGAAUUUCGGGAUGAAUAUUUAUAUUACCGCUUUGUUCAAAAGAGAGCAACUACAGCUGAGAGCCAAUGACCUGAGCAUGUAGACAGAGGGCAGGCAGGUAGGGGUAAAUGUGACCAUCUCUUCUGGGUUUGCUGCUGAAACUGGAAGUGGUUCUUUCUCAGGGCUCCUUGGAGGGUCCUGUUACCUUCUCGUGUAAAGUUCAGAAAUGUGGUUCUACUUCUGUCUAUUCUGAAGCAAAUGAUAGCCAUUCUCAGUAAGUGCUAAACCAGAAAGCAACUAGAUCACAGCAGGAUACUCUGGAUUUCUUCCAUUUUCAGCAAAACAAAUAGUAAAUUAAUAUGCAUCACUGACAUAUUAUACAGACACAACAGCAACUUUAGUGACUGGUGUCACAAUGGAAAAAAACAUAUCAGAGGGGAAUAUUUCAUGUCACUGUAUGUUUUAUAGUAUUUCAGCGUGAUGCAAUCUUGAUCCUUGUUCAAGGUCAAGCUCCCACUUCAUAGAAAUAAGACUUAUUCCAUCAUAUCUCUUUUUUUACUACUGCAUACUUUUGCAUAACACCAGAAACUUUUUCUGGCUGUUUACACCUCACACCAAGCAGUUUGUUUCCCCUUUAAAUAUAAAAUCCUCCUUUUCUAAUAAUAGAAUUCUUAUGAAGAGAUUACAACGUCAUAGAAUUAAAGCUGAGGAAAUAAGGAGUAAAUAAAAAAUAGUUUUCUACAAAGAUACUUCAGAAACAUACAAUAAUAAUCCCCACUUCUCAAAUUAGGAAACGAUGAUGUAUUCUUACAUAAACAGCUGAUCCUGAAGUUUUCUCUUUUAGUGGUGGUAACAGCUUUGUCAAGAGUGGAUUUUUACUUUCUGGAGUAAGCCUCCAUUAUAAUUCAGAAGUGCCAGCCUCAGAUAGAGAAUGUGUAGAAGCCUAGGACACCUGUGCAAGUCAAGAUCCAACAUUUUAUUAAGCCAUGAGAUCUUUUAAAUAACAUGCAUUGACUUCUAAGUCUAUUCUAUAAACAACCCUAAUGGAGCAUCAAGGUUAAGGUUUACAAAAGCUGGAGAUAUUAGAAUGUUGUUAUUAUUGGGCAUGUAACAGAGUUUUCAAAUAGGCCUCAGGUAUCCCUCUGUGAUGUUAAGUGGUUAAUCCAGUGUCAUUCAGAUUCUCAUGCACUGAAAGCAAAAACUUCAAGAGUAGUUUGAAGAGGUUAAAGACAAAUUGCAGUAUCUGAUAGCCAUUACGCUGCUAGGAAAAGCAGUUCUAAUGCUGAAAGAAGGCAUUUAUUUGUCUAUAUAAAAUGUUAUAUAAUGAGGGAAAGGAACAAAAAUACUAAAAUAGUAUUUGCACAUCUGGAAUAGUCAAGGAAAUGACUUUUUAAAAAAGCAUCCUUUAAUUUAACUUUAUUUUUUAAAUACAGAUUUUAUGACAGCUACUUAUGUGUCUACUCUGUAUUAAGAACUGAAAAUGAUUUUAGCAGCAUAAUCUAUUGUUCAGGAAACAGUCAUUUUAUGGUAGCUAUAACUUUGCAAAAGAUUUCAGUCUUAUUGCAAACCUUCAGUGUACUCUGACACAUAACUACAUAGGUACACUACACAAACUGAUAUAUUUUAAUGGUUCCAGCAACAAGGUAAUUGGGCUGUGGCCACAAAAGAAAACGAUAGUUUGAUUUCCAUUAGAAUUGCUGAAGACAUCAGACAUUUUGGAAUGACUAGAUAUACAUGUCUAAAGAGCAGAAGCUAUAUUCUAAAUAUUGUAACUUAUUAAUAAAUCUGAUAUUGAUUUCA